GAAGAAGAUAGUGGAUACUUGUCACUCACUUGUGUUAAUAGUUUGAAGCGCUAAUAACAAAAUGUGCGCUACGCGGUCGGCUGCCCGUGAACCUGAGUCAGAGUCAAAGGAUUUCAGAAUAUUCAGUGUCAAAAGACUUUCCUACUUUAAGAUUCCAUCGGAAUUCAGAGAGGGUAGAUGUCGUAGUGUUGCUGAAUUUGAAAAGCUUAAUCGCAUCGGCGAGGGAACAUAUGGAAUUGUCUACCGUGCUCGCGAUACUGUAUCGAAAGAGGUGGUGGCACUGAAAAAAGUUAGGAUGGAAAACGUCAGAGAUGGCAAGUUUCUCUUCAAACUUGAGUUAAUUGAUGCAGGUAUCCCCAUCAGCAGUUUACGGGAAAUCACAUUGUUGCUAAGUAUUAAGCACCCGAAUGUUGUACACCUAAGGGAAGUUGUUGUUGGCAGGAGCUUGGACAGCAUUUUUCUCGUUAUGGAAUAUUGUGAACAAGAUAUGGCAAGUUUACUCGAUAACAUGCCCAAUCCUUUUACUGAGUCUCAGGUUAAAUGCAUAAUGCUGCAAAUUUUUAAAGGUCUGAGAUACCUUCAUGAAAACUUUAUAAUCCACAGGGACUUGAAAGUCUCCAACCUCUUAAUGAAUGACAAAGGUCUUGUUAAAAUAGCAGACUUUGGACUGUCACGCCCCACCCAUUCCCAUAAUCCUAUGACUCCUUGCGUUGUAACAUUAUGGUACCGAGCACCGGAAAUCUUACUUGGAGACAAAAAUCAAACAAAAGCUAUCGAUAUAUGGUCAGCUGGGUGCAUUAUGGGUGAACUUUUAUUACACAAACCACUUCUUCCAGGGAAAACAGAGGUUCACCAACUAGAGUUAAUUAUUGAUUUACUUGGCACCCCAAAUGAUCAGAUUUGGCCGAACCUUUCUAAACUACCGGCAUUAGAAAAGAUUAAUCUGAAAAAGCAACCAUAUAAUAAUUUACGGCAUACUUUCCCAUGGUUAUCGGAUGCUGGGUUACGUUUACUGAACUUUUUGUUUAUGUACGAUCCAUCCAAACGGGCACGGGCUCGUGAAUGCUGUCAGAGUUCCUAUUUCCGUGAACAUCCUUUACCAUGUGAACCUGAUAUGAUGCCAUCAUUUCCGCAACAUCGAUUAAAGCGCAAAAAUUCUCCUGCCGGUUGAAUUGAUGAUAGCAAAGGCUGUGAUAAUACAAGCCCCUCAGCAUCAAACUGCCUGGAAUUAUUUGCAUGCUGCUUUUGAUCGGAUUGUGAAGAAACGUCGAGCCUAAACAGGAUCAACACUUCAUGCAUUUCAAAAAAUUUAUGUAUAAUACAUUCGUGCAUUUCUAAUUUCUUGGUGUUUUUCUAUUUAUCCGCAGUUAUUCAUAACGGUCGAUUAUCACGUACAAUAAAAUUAUAAUUAACUUUUUACUGUAGUAAAUAUCAACCGUAAUAAAUAAUGUGCCUAGGCAAAAUUUAAGAUUUAUACUUUGUUCGUUUUUAAUAAAAAUCUUCUCGGAGCCGACGAAUCACAAAACAUAUCAUAAGUCCAAACAUCACACUGAAGUAAACUAAAUGAGCUUGAUUUAAUAUAAUAUUAAGUUUCAGUCAAAUUCGACUUUUUCUGAUGAGGGUUUUGUUGUUUGAAAAAUUUGUUUUAACCAUUUGUGGACAUCUUUAUAUAUA